AUGUCUGAUACGAUUACCAUAGCGAUUUUAAGUCUCACUCUUGUCUUAUCUGUCUUCAUAUUUACUGCAAAUGCUUUCACCGUAUUUGUUUUCUGGAUUCAUCGCCACAAACUAAAGCGAACGUUCCUCAUCGUUUUCAACUUGACUGUCGCUGACCUUCUUGUCGGUCUUGCAGAAACUGCUUUUGUCGGAUUCAAGAUGAAUGACAGAAAGCCCUAUGUAAAAAUUUUUAAGUCCUUUCUAGUUAUAGUUUCGGGUGCAUCGGUAUUUUUUCUCGUGCUUAUUUCACUGGAACGAUCCUUCGCUUUGAAGAGCCCCUUACGACAUCGUGUAACAAGCACCAAGGUUUACAUCCACGGUAUUGUCAUCGUUUGGUUGGCUGGAAUAGCUCUGGGUGCACUGAAAUUACUACCGACAUACGGGAUCUUUGACUUGAAAUAUUACGUUGUCGCUUACUCUGUCAUCAUUGCUCUGUCGUUACUCUUGAUUUGCUUUUCUUAUCUUUCCAUCCGAAAACGUUUUUGCAAGAGAAAUCCUGUUUUGGAUACAGGAUACUGCAGAAAAAGUGUGGAACAAAACACAAAACUCUCCAAGACCAUUUUUUUUGUAAUAGGUGCAUCUGUUGCACUUUGGGCUCCAAGCAUGGCAUUGUACAACUUGAGUCUUUUGUGGGAGGGCUUGUUCCCUGGCUUUGUGAAUUACAUUUUUUGUAUGUUUCAUCUAACCAAUUCUCUUAUUAAUCCAAUAAUUUAUAGUUUGAGAAUGCCUAAAUUCAGGAAAAUUUUGCAACAGCUUAAAAAUAAGUUAAGAGUUCCGCGCUUGAGAUCGAAAAACUAUGCGGGGACAAAGACUCGAGUGACAUAUUGACGCUCAACACGUUUAAAAACGGGCGGCGAUGGAGUUGAAAGUCUUAUUUCAUUUUUGAACACAAAUAAAAUAAUGAUGGGGCUUAAACGGCAAUCAUUUAAAUUGACUUUAAAAUUUACUAAUAGAAUGGAAUCAGCCACUUUCUACAACAGUCCAAUUCAAGACUGCGGUACGCUCACCCGGAAAUUUACAGUCAGUACCCGCGUAUAAGAACCAAGUCAAGAGAAUAUAAAGGGGACAGAGAGGGCAUUCCCCAUAUACACCCUAUUCCAUAGGUAAUUCGUCUAGAGUUAUUUUUAACACCACAGAUCUCAAGGGCGAUUAGACAACAGCCAAUCACAUAGCGCGAAUGUGUUCCGCGUGGAUGACCCACGCUGAGAGCCACGCGUCCUUCACGAAAUGACGCAGAACAAAAUGGGGAAGACGCGGAGAGCGAUUUUGCUAUUCCUUUUGUCAACGAAAACGACUACAGCGAGAUUUCUGCGAAAGCUGUGUCAGCGAAACCGAAAUUAAAAAAGAAUCGCCCUUCCUCUCUUGUAUAGAGCUAACAGUAGAGCAGGGAAAUCCUUAACACACUGAAUAUUCUCUCAGGAUCAUUUAUAAUUUACAGUUUGGAGAGAGCAAUUUCUGGUUUGAUGUUUAUUUUUUUCAGUCUUUAUAGCGAUUAUUCCUACCCACUUACUUUGUUAAUUGUAGGCGACCCUCCUAAAGCUGAAUUUCAAGGGACCAUAUUCAAGCUCAGAGAGAGAAAUAAAAUUUCGUCGUUGCUUAUUUACGUCCUCCAUAAAACGCGAAAUUAGGCAUUUUCACGUCGUAGUCGUGCAAAAACGGGAAAGAAAUGAACAAAAAAGUGUGUUGCACGUGCGAAGUUGUUGUUUUGCUAAUUAAACCUAUUGUUUUUUUGACGUUCUAGUUGUCGUCCCCGUCGUUGGAUCUUAAACUCCCUAAAUUGUACAAACGACCGGUUUCAAUAGACCUGCGAAAUUUCUCAUUUUAUUAAAGCACUGAGGUUAAGACAACUUCGAGUUAAACUGAUUUCACGGGUUGUCAAAGAGUAUAGCGAUUCCUUUUUCCCAGGUGAGCGCCGACUCAUUUCGCUUUAAUAUUCAGGAAUGCUCUCGAUCUUUUUACGCUUUCAUUGCCUCUCGCCCGACAUGUUUUGCACGGCGUUUGGCCUUGCGAAACCUCCACGAAACAUCCACGCCUUGCGCGAGGUAACUUUAUCCCGAUUCUAAAAAUAACUCGAGACGAAUUACCUAUGGAAUAGGGUGUAUAUGGGGGAUGCCCUCUCUGUCCCCUUUAUAGUCUCUUGAACCAAGUGGAUUAAGAGCCUCCUGGCAGAAAUUGACCACUUUUAAUACCCAAAAAUGCAAGAACCUGUUUAGCCAAGCAAGAUCAAGCAGGUUCUUAUAUGUGGGUUACAGUUGAAUUAGUAUAUUAAACAAUUUAACCAAGGAAUGUAACUUUGAGAUGUAAAUUUAACUAUAACAAGAACAUACUGUACCAAACUGUUUAAAAAUUUGGUAUUUGUUAGUAUUAUGAUAAUACAUUAUUAUGAAUAAAUACUGUAUUUUAAGGACCAAACCCAAGUUUAUUUUUCUGGUAAUCAACAUUAAUCUAUUACACUCCUUCAUAAAGCUUAAAUUGCCAAUAAGUACCACAAAAUACAAGAACCUAUUUAGCCAGACUUUAAAAAAAGUAGGUGCUUCUUCGCAGGUGUUUACUUUACUUACGUCGAUUGACAUGAGUCCUAGGUUCUAAUCAUUCACUGCGGUGCUACCAAAAUAUGCCGGCAAAAAACACUGUACCGUGCAUAUCAGUGGAGCAAGUAGAUUUUAAUUACUAUGAUUUAUUAUGAUUCAUUUGAGGUUCAAUUCUGCUAAAACUCAUUAAAUAUACUCCUCGAAUAGAAACCAUUUUUAUGUCUUAUAAACCUCAUUUAAAAUAUCAUCACGUUUUAUGGGGUAAGGUUCAAUAUAAUUACUAAAAUGUUUAAUUGAAUUUCGUUCAAGUGAAGAUAACAGCGGAUUGACUUCCUUCGAUUUGCUAGAUAACAAAAACUGCAAUAUUUAACUAAUACACAAGAAAUUUACUUACAAACCACGUUUUUGCUUGGACCAUAAGAGCAACUUGAUAGGGAACAAUAAAUUGAUUGAAAAAAUGAAGAGUACUCCUUUCGAAAUAUCUACCCUGGAUCUUACACCAACUGUUUUUACUGAUCCGCCAACCACGGUAUACACUCUUAGUUCACCGAUUUCAGAUUAUUCUCAAGGCUUGUUUUCAAAAGUGAUAUGUAAUUGAAUCUUAAACUAAAAUUGCCCUUCGUUUUUUUUUCGCAGCGGGCUAUACGGCUAAACGUUUGCGGUACGGUUCUUAUUCGCGGGUGUUUACUAUACUUAUAAAAUGACUCCUGGGUUGAAACCAUUCAGUGUGCUACCAAAAUAUGCUAACAAAAACACUGUACUCCGCUUGCUUGGACCAUUAUCUUAACAUAAGGGCAACUUGAUUGGGAACAUGAAAUAGAUCGAAAAAAUAAUGAGUACUCCAGUCGAAAGCCUCAAUUUCAUUAUCCACCCUUGAACUCGCUCAACAGUUUUAAAUGAUUCAAACGUUUUGAAUCCACCAAUCACUGUAUACAUGUUAUACGAAUAAGUGUUAGCCAUCAAGAGAACCCUGAGUUCACAGAUUUCAUAUUAUUCUUUGUUUUCAAAUGUGAUAUGUAAAUGAAUCUUACACUAAAAUUGCUGUUCAGUUUUUUUUCUUUUUUUAUCUCAGUGGGUUAUCUAAACAUUGCGGAACUUUUAUUAAGAAUAAAUAUAACAAUGCUUUUCGUUAUUCGAUUCAGCACUCGGUGUCAGUAAAAUAAACAUGAUUUAAUCUUCUCUUUCGAAAGAUGAAUUAAUGUAGUGUAUUUUCUUAUCCUGGUGAUGGGUAUGUUUGUUUUCAAAUAGAUCGACAAUACUACGGUACUGAAGGCGGAUCUUGAGAAAAGGCCAUUUCACAACCUUAUUAAAAAUUAAUCACUACUAUUGGAAAACUCUUCCAAGGUUCAAGUCAAUAUUUAUUCUUAAAACUCAAAUAUUACCGCCAUCAAAGGUGAACUAUAAUCCGGAUCUCAUUUUCUACCAACCUGCCGCUAAGGACUGAAUAUCAAGUCUGACAUUCAGUUCACGUUUCCAGUGAGUUAUGGCUGAUUCCACUGACGUGGUCUUUUUAUGUAUUCUCAGUUUUGCUACGGUCCUCAUUCUUAUUGCUAGUACAUAUACUGUAUUUGCUUUCUGGAUUCAUCGCAAGAAACUAAAACAAACAUUUUUACUUGUUAUUAACUUGGCCUUUGCCGAUCUUUUCGUUGGAUUCACUGGAAUACUGACCGUGAUUGGGGCAUUUGCUUUUCAGCGACAUGCUGGCUUGAAUAAUAUCAGUUACAAUACUUUCUUUCGUAUAUCAGUAUUACUUCAUGGUACCUUUCCAUUUAUAUCCGUGUAUUUUCUGGUACUUAUUUCUCUAGAACGGGCCUUCGCAUUGCUUGGCCGCUUCGACAUCGUGUAGCAAGAAUCAAGUUUUACAUUAACAGUGUUGUUAUCGUAUGGUUAGUUGGGGCUGUUCAAGGUGCAUUGGAAAUUUAGCGCUAUAUGAAGCCAUCAAAAUGGAGUAUAGCAAAGUUGGUGGUGGAUUUUUGAUCUAUUUCUCAUUGGGGACGAUCUGUGUGUCUUAUCUCUCAAUCCGGAAAAGACUCAACAACAGAAAUCGCUACACCACCGCAACCCAAAACGGACAAAUUGUGGAACAAAAUAUAAAACUUUCCAAGACAUUGUUUACUGUAGUCUGUGCGUCAAUUGUUUGUUUGGCUCCUAGUGCUUCUUUUUACAUUGUCAGUUGUUUUCAUCAAGCUCUUUUAGUUAGUUUUUUGAAAUACAUUUUUACAAUUUUAGGUCACGACAGUGUAAUUCUCUUGUUAACCCAAUAAUUUGUAGUUUUAAUAUGCCGAUAUUUAGGAAAACUUUAAAACAACUGAAAAAUAGGAUGAAAAUUCCGAGACCGUUCAGAAAGUACAGAGUAUAAAGUGAAGAAACCUGGAAAUAUGACAGUUUAAAGUCGCAUAAAGUUGAAAAAAUAGUUGUUUAACCAUCAUCUACUCCUAGUUUAACUCAUAAGAAGCUAAGUCGGAAACUCUUUAACCAAAAACAAUACUACAUUAAAUCCUGAUUUUAUCCUUCGUUGAAUGUAAAACAUUUUAAUAAUGCACUUAUAGAGGAAGAAGUGCCCUUAUUUACCAUUCAUUCAUUCAUACACAUACCCUAUUACAUUAAUAUAUAGAUUUAGCCAGGGCUAAAAGCGAAGCUCCUAUUAACUCGAAUUUAUAAUUUAAAUCAAACAAUAUACUUGUAUUCCACAAUUCAGAGCACAUUCAUGUGAAUUUUGAGGAAAAGGUUAAGUGAUUUUAGAGAAAAAUAAUUUGCAAACAGUCCAAGCUAAGAGUGAACUUAAUCUUACAUCGAGUUGAUAGCCUUAUAUGUACACCCAAAAAAUAGCAAUCAUCUUUGAUCACAUUUAAGAGCGAUAAAGGCUCUUGAUCACAGUAGAUUAGGCCUGGAAAACAAAUCAGGCCGAAUUGUUUGCGUUCGACAAGUUUACUUUACAAAAUCUUUCCAACAAGUCUGGGACGUGUAAACCAUCCUUUUAUACUUUUAAUACAUCACAUCUGAGGUGAAACCGUACCAUGAGGCGCUGUUUUUAUCAAACAGACCUCGGACAGAGUGCAGUAUUUUACAAUUUUGCAAUACAAAUAUUGCACUCAUUCAAUAUUCAGGACGAUCGAAGCACGCGUGGGCUUUUAGCGAAUUUAAACCGUUAAAAAAUUUCCAAAAUCAUCUAUACGGCUAGCCGGUUCUCACUUUUGACAAGCGCCAGAGACGACUGUUUAAAUUAAGACUAAGAGAAGUACGCUUCAACAUAAUAAAGAAUUUAUUAUGUUUGUUUUUUAUUUAAUGGUUUUAUAACGAUGUGUAAUCUUCAAAAGCGUUUGAUACGUGGGGCAUUUUGACUACUGCAUGCAAGCGAUGUUUAUGAGCGACUGAAAACAAACGGUACAGCGAUUAAAAUUGCAAAAGAGACAACUAACAAUCAAUAAAAGGAAAAUAAUUCGGUGAAACAUAUACAGAGACAACACUUUUCAUUCACGAAGACAAGUAUUAAAGUGUCUCUGAAAAUCCUUGUUUAUGUUUUAAGCCGGCUUCCCGGUGUUUGCUUUUUUCAAAGAUGAACUCGAGGCAAGAAAAUCGCUCAAAGCUUUCUUUUACAGCCAGAAUUAUAACUAAAUAUUCUUUGGAACCCUUUUUUUUUCUAUUUGCGGUGAGAAAAUGCCUAAAGGCUUUUUAAAGUUUUAUAAGUUUAUAAUCAAACCUGAUACUCGGUCAGAUCAUUGUCUCAAAUCUUACAAACGUGCAUAAACUAAAUAGCCCCAUAAACUACGCUCGACUUCAUUAAAUUAGAUAUAAAAAACAAACAUCAAAUACAACAAUCACUCAAGCUUACCACUCGAGAUGCACUGAAAACUAUCAAGUAAGGCCAGAAUCACUUCAGACUUUUCAACCCUCUUACGCAUCAAGCAAGGUGAAAAACGAAAACGAUGGCAUCCGAAAUCGGAUUUCUGACUUUGACAAGCGACGUGUUUCUCAACCAAAAACCCAACAAACAAACUAGCCAUAACUAACAGAAGACUCUUGAUAGCAGCUGAAUUUCAUUUUGUACAUUCAGUGGAAAAAGACAGUUAAAAACAUCACAAGUUGACACAAAACUCUGUCAGCUUCAGCUGUCAAAGUAAACAAGUUUCAAGAUGCUGCAUGAAUUUUCCGCGUGAACUCACCUGUCAAAUUUUGACCAAUCAGAGCAUAAAAAUUUGGACGUAGAGCGUGGCCAACGCAUGACCUUGGUGAGAAAAGUCAAAAGCAACUGGCAUGUCUUCCCUGCCUGUAAAAACUGGCUGAAUUUUAGCUUCCGAGGUCAGUUUAAAAUCAAAAUUUUAAUUGUGCGGCACAUAUAAAACACAACAUAUUACACGUGAAUUAAAAAAAAUCAAACUUGAGCCUGUGAUCAUUUGAAAACUAGUAACUUGUCAGCGGAUAACUUCAAAAAGAUACUAGACCUCAAUGGGUCGACACCUGAGCCCGCGAUACGGUCAGGUGAUACUGCUCAGCGGAUACCCUGUUUUGACAGCUGUCAACUGAUCACAACAUUGAUGUGCAAGAUGUGUGCAAUAUCAGUCUUCCUGUGCUCCCAAACUGGCUAGAAAGUGUGAGAUUGAACAUUGGUUUCCCUGUGGUGCGGACGAACGGGCGGGCUGUGUACGGUCACGUGAUUACCAAAUUUUCUGGGAUGGAUAGAUUUACUUACCCAUGGUGCUCCGCAGGCGCGCUUCGCGCGCCAGAGCUCCGCUAUUACAAGGCAGGAGAUGAACUUUUAGACGAGUGCGAUCUCCCCCUUAUUCUAAAUAGAUGUAAAGAAUACAGAAUGGGGGCUUCCUGAUUUAAGAACUUAUAUGUACUAAAAACUUAAAACCUAUAGAAUAUCAUUGCCAUUAUUUGUUUCCUAUAAGGCUUCAAAAUCACAUCAUCCUAUGUUUUAUAACCGAUAUUGUUCAUCCGAUAUCUUAAAAUAAUUAAGAAGACCUUUAACCAAUCAAAAAUUGGUUGAAAUUUUAAAUCGAUCGGAAAAUUGCUCUGUUGGCAGCGAAUUCUGAAACAUGACAAGGGAACGCUAUAUGUGAAUAGUUUUUCUAACAGCUUAGAUUUUUAGGCAAGGUAAGCGAACGGGCAAGUUUUAUGUAAUGGUGAGACUGGAGAAUUGCAGGCGAUGGGAUAGAAAAGGACGAGCUGAACUGAGACAAACAAUUUCUGCAUAACGUCAUUGAUCAAGUGGGUAUUGCUACCACGAAGACAAGGUAAGGCAGGAAUACUAUACUUUGCGAGCAAAUAAUAUAAUUAUAGUAUUUUAAAUCGAACGAUACUAAAUAUAUUUCAAUUCCCUUUCACUCAUUUGAAGCAGACUGUCUAGCUUUUUCUUUGCGCAGCUUUAUUGUGAUUCUCAUAUAGAAUCAGAAAUAAAUGAAAACGUAUCCGUCCAAACAUAAACUUGGUUGUAAAUGAGUGGUCCCUCUUUGUCGCCCCAUGUACGGGAAUCCAUGACAAUCUUGGAUUAUGGAUUCCACACCAUGGAUUCCUCAUUCCAGCUACAGGAUUUUAGUGUCUGACGUCGGUGGGACUUGGUUUCUGGAUUCCAGUCGCUAGUGGGCUUCCGUAGUCCUUGAGCAGUAUUUCUGAUUUCACAAGUAAAAAUUGCCCGGAUGUUGUUCCCUUGGAUGGGACAACUCUUUUACCGUUUAUAAAAUAACUAAGAUAGUACGCGCGCUUCAAUUGGCCGAGAGGCGUGUUUGCAUGAGAUUAUAUAUGUAAACAUGGUUGUGAUGUCAAGAUGUUUUGCUUUUCGCGCGCUAAUUCACGCAAGCACGAAUUUGAAAAAGGCUUUGAGUUGAAAAACUCGAGGGGUUGAGAGAGAAUUCUCGACAGUUAUGCAAACCCUCGACUUCGUCUCGGGUUUGCAUAACUUGUCUCGAAUUCUCCCAACCCCUCUUGUGUUUAUAUCAGGCUAUGCACACACAGAAAACGUUUUCUAUUGCUUAAGUAAUCCUUGAAACGCCUGACCUAAGACGUUGCUAACAGUCAAAUCCGUUCCUACCGUUACACUUGGCAAAAAGGUUGAUAAAUUCGCUACCUUUCGGUUUGAAGGAUAAAAAUACCCAAUAUGUCUAGAUGAAGUUUAUUUGGGUAACCGCGGUACUCGCGUUAAGCAAUUCUCAAUCUACUUUACUUACUCAUUAGGGAUCUUAAACAAGCACGACAACCAAACCGACAACAUGAGAAAACAUGUGGCUUUACGGGCAAAAGAAUAUACCUUCAUUUGCAUCACUAUUUUUGUUACAUUUCUUCAACGUUUACUGCACGACUACGACGUGAAACUUCAUGAUAAGACGUUUGUGGAGUACAUGAACACACGGCAAAUUCUCCUUUCUCUUUCUAGACCUGGAUAAAAUCCUUAAGAACUCAACUCCAGACAAAAUCGUCAGGACCCGUUUAACAAAUUGAGCGGGUUCUAAAUAGACGCAAAAAUGUUUUAAAAAACGCAUCAAGUUCAGUUUUUUAGCGAUGUUUCCACUGCCGCCGUCCUCAACAAGUUGACGAAAUUGUUUCUUCAGGAAACACACAAAAAAAAUACUUAAGUUAUAUUGUUCAAAGCAGGAAACUAAUUUCUAUCUUUCCCCCACCAAUCACCAAUCACCGUGUAUGAUUUAUGUUUAAUUUCUAAAAUGCACCUGCUUCAAAAUUCAGGAUGAUCCUUGUCACCUUUAAAAAAGUAUCUCGCUGUCAAAGGGUCCAACCAUCACGUUCUGCCAACGUCAUGUCUUAUACACCUGCCAUCACAAUAUUGAAGUACUUUUCAAUUUUCCAGGGUCUCUGUAUUUUUACUGGAAAUUUUAUCACUAUGAUUGUUUUUUGGAUUCACCGAUACAAGUUAAAGCGAACCUCUUUCCUUCUUAUCAACUUGGCUGUUGCAGAUCUGCUCGCUGGACUGACACAAGCGGCUAUUGCAGCGAAAGCACAUCCACAAACUAUUUCAGCAGACAUUUUAACUUGCUUUCAGGCCGCAUUUUUGGCUGCAUCUGUACUUUUUCUCGUUUCCAUCUCACUGGAACGAGCCUAUGCAUUGAUUUACCCUCUUCUUCGACAUCGAGUAACAAGCACCACUGCUUACAUCAACACUAUCAUAAUCGUGUGGUUGAUUGCAGUAACUUGGGGUGCAUCUUGUCUGUUAGUUGUGUUCGACAUCUUCGAAUUCAAAUUUUACAUUGGAGCCUUCUCUGUUACUGUUUUUAUUGGUUUGGUUACUAUCUGCUUGUGUUACGUGGCAAUCCAAGCUAAACUUCGUCAAGAAAGUACAGUUAUCGACCCGGCAAAUAACAGACACAAUGCUGAGCGAAACACAAAGCUUUCCAAGACUUUCUGCAUUGUCAUAAGCGCGUCUGUGGCUCUUUGGGUUCCAGGACUUGUAUUUAGCUGUAUUUAUUUUAUUUUUCCUUGGUAUUCUGUGAUUAUGAACUACGUCUCCUUUAUUCUACACCAAACUAAUUCUCUCUUGAAUCCGAUUAUUUACAGUUUAAGGAUGCCAUUUUUUAAGGAAUCGUUUAAGCGUCUGAAAAACAAGAUGAAAAUUCGAAAGCAAACGAAAAUGUACAGAGUUAAAUUUCAAACGUCAAAAACAGAAACCUAAGCUGUGUCUAGCUGUGUCUAAUGGCUUCCGUCUUAAAUUGCUUUCCCUCUUGGGUGUAAAUAACAUGGCAUUAAGGAACCGAGUCAUUUCAGCGGAAAGUACAAAAUAUGAAUGGUGAACGGAAAACCCGUCAGGGAUUCGUGACACUUGUACUUCCAUAGCUGAUGAGGUGAUAUUCCAUUAAUAAUAAAUAUGUCAAAAAGUGUCAAAUGAUUUUCGAGGCAGACGUUUCGGGUGUAUGAAAGUACAAAAUAUAUUGUAUUUAGUUUAUUUCCUACAUAAUUCUGUUCCAUCUUGCGGUUUUUAAAACUUAAUUUCCUUGACAAUACAAAAUGCAAAUAUAAAGUAGUAAUUAAAACACUGGAUGAAAAUGAAGACCUUAGGACACCUGAAUCAAUUUCGAUUUUGGUGGAAGCCACUUCUGAGGCAAUGGUAAUUUCUAAAUCUUUGGAGAUCUUUAAGUCCUGGGGCAAAAUAAAACCUUGCAUGAGGAUCCUUAGCAGUUACGCAUUCUUGUUUUAACAAAAAAUAAAUCGCUGUCGGUACAAGGGCCAAUGUAAUAAUACUGGUACAAGUGUAAUUAAGAAAUGUAGCUGUUGAAUGUUUUCGGAACAAUAAACAAUUAGCUUUCACUCGAAAUUACACUUGUAAAAGUUAUAUUAAAUUGAUCCAAGGUUCUUUCAUGUCUUUUUAAGAAUACGGAGCUGUUUGUUCUCAUAAUAUAUAGCAAUGUAGUAAGUCCCUACGACGAUAAAUAGACUUUGGCGUUUGCACAAAAUUUAAAAGUUUUGUCGUCACGGCGAUAGUUUGUUUUUGAAACGUUAUUCGCAUCUAAGAAAGUGAAACUUUUCAUUUAACCAGAAACGUCAAUUAAAGAACUUAAAAUGGUCAUGUUCGCGAAAUAAGAUUACCCGACGAAGGAUAGCUGUCAAAGAACAAAAGAUGUUGUCGCCUGACAAAAAAUUGUAGGCCUCCAAAUGUUUUCGACGGUAUGGGAUCUUUGAAGUUUGUUAACAGUUGAGAAAAUUUUAGUAGGUGGAAAAAAUCGUCCGCAUUCAAGGAAUGGCUUCCCGUUGACCAAUUGUUUGCCUGAACAAACAAAAUUUUGGGCAGUAGUGAAAACAGGGCCUAAAUAUUGAAUUGUUUUCCUUGUGAAUUGUUCAUAUAAUUUUUGGGGGAUCACUAACAUCGCUUGAAUAAAACGGAAUACAUAAAAACAAAUGAACAUAUUUUUUUUUCCUUUUCAAAUUGCAGAAUAAUUGAUAAGUUAUUUGUGUAAUGGCAGGUGGGGUGUUGUUUUUAAGUAAUCUUGUAUCCUGCUGUAAACCUACCUCAGAUUAUUAGUAUUUAGUAUUUUACAGAUAUUGUAAUCUGGAACUUGAUUAAAGUUAAAGUUAAAGAAGAUGCAUGAUUCAUCGUCUUCUUCACAAUACCUUUGUUGAGCUUGUCGUUUAUAAGCUAAAUAACGUGGUUUUGUCAAUAGCGCUGCACUUUCGCCCAUCUUUGUUUAACAGGAAAGUGGUGAACUUUAGUGCUAUUUACAGGAGCGUUUAUGUUUGGUAACCAUUAAUUUUUACAAUUUGCACCAUACCUUAUAAUAAGAAAUUAACGCUAGAUGAAAUUGAAAUUCGCAUUAAUUCAAUUCGCGUUAAUUUAAAAUAUAAGGAGUCUGACGUUUUAAUUUAAAAAAAUUAAAAACCUCUGAGUAGAUCGUACACGCUAGCCAUGAUGUUUUAAACACUACUACGGCUUUGAGUAAAGUCGAAGUGUUGUUACCCGUAGUGAACAUCUUGUAACAUCUUUUUAAAAACAUCUUGUCUAACUAAACCGAUUUUUGUGAAGACAUCCUUCCUUGGAAAAGUAUUUUGUCUCCCAUGGCCGUUACUACUUUUCUAAGUUACACAUACAUAAGACAGCUUCUUAUUUUAACGUCACGUUUUCAAUUGUCAUAUUUCAUAUUUCAAGUUAUAUAUGUUACAGGUCUUCAUUGCUAACAGUGUACUUUUUCGAUCGCUUUGGAAUUUUAAACUUAUUUUUCAGUUGUCUAAAGGUUUUCAUGAAUAUUGGCAUUCUCAAACUAUAAAUUAUUGGGUUUACGAGAGAAUUACUUAGAUGUAACAUGGUGAUGAUAUAAUUCACAAAGUCAGGAUACACGAUAACACAGUUUACCUAGAGUGUAAACUGUAACACUCGGAGCCCAAAACGCAAUAGACACACCUACCAUUUUUUUAGCAAUGUUUUAACUGCCGCCGUCCUCAUCGUGGUUGCUUUAGCCUCCCUAAUCAUAAUAACAAGAUGACGAAAUUGUUUCUUCAGGCAACACAAAAGAGAAAUACUUAAUUCAUGCUGUUCAAAGCAGGAAACUAAUUUCUAUCUUUCCCCCACCAAUCACCAAUCACAGUGUAUGAUUUAUGUUUUAUUUCUAAUAGUGCACCUGCAUGAAAGCUGAGCAUGCUCCUUGUCACCUUUAAUUUUAAAAAGUAUCUCGCAUCAAAGGGUCCAACCAUCGCGUUCUGUAUACGUCAUGUCUUAUACGGCUGCUAUCACAAUAUUGAAGUACGUGGCAAUUUUCCAGGGUCUCUGCAUUUUUACUGGAAAUUUUAUCACUAUGAUUGUUUUUUGGAUUCACCGAUACAAGUUAAAGCGAACGUCUUUUCUUCUUAUCAACUUGGCUGUUGCGGAUCUGCUCUCUGGACUGACACAAGCGGCUAUGGCAGCCCAACCCAUUCCACAAACCAUUUCAGCAGACAUAUCAGCUUGCUUUCAAGCUGCAUUUUUGGCCGCAUCUUUACUUUUCCUCGUUUUCAUCUCACUGGAACGAGCCUAUGCAUUGAUUUACCCUCUUCGACAUCGAGUAACAAGCACCAAUGCUUACAUCUACACCAUCAUAAUCGUGUGGUUGAUUGCAAUAACUUGGGGUACAUCUCGUCUGUUAGUUGUGUACGACAUCUUCGAAUACAAAUUUUACACGGCAGCCUUCUCCUUUGCCAUUUUGUUUUGUUUGGUUACUAUCUGCUUGUCUUACAUGGCAAUCCGAGCAAAACUUAGUCAAGAAAGUCCAGCUAUCGACCCGGCAAAUAACAGACUCAACACUUACCGAAACACAAAGCUUUCCAGCACUUUCUGUAUUGUCAUAAGCGCGUCUGUGGCUCUUUGGGUCCCUGGACUUGUAUUUUACUGUAUUUAUUAUUUUUUGCCGGGGCAUUCAAUGAUUACGAACUACGUCUCCUUUAUUUUACAUCAAACUAAUUCUCUCUUGAAUCCGAUUAUUUAUAGUUUAAGGAUGCCGUUCUUUAAGGAAACGUUUAAACGCCUGAAAAACAAGAUGAAAAUUCGAAAGCAAACAAAAACAUACACAGUUAGUUGUCGAACGUUAAAAACAAAAACAUAAGCUGCCUAUAGUAAAGAGUGGUACAAACAGUUACGCGAUACAGCUGAUGAGCUCUCCAGUUUCUGUUGUUGCAAACCACCGAGGAACAAGCCCUAGCUACUUAGUAAAGAGUGGUAUAAUAAGUUUCUUUCCAAAAUCAUAAAAAAAUAAAAACAUGAAUAUUUCACUUUGAACAAUCAAAAAUUUUAAAGUUUCUUGUUUUUCGUGUUCGAUCAUUUGAUGCGUUCUGCAAAAUUUUAAGGCUUAAAAAUUCGGCACGGGGUUUUUUAGUACAAGAAUUUUUUUGGUUUUGUUGGAAGCCUUAGAGAUUUGUUUAGGUUUUGAUUUUACCCCCAUUCGAUAUCGUCGCCGCAUAGUUAGCUGGUGUUUCUUUGGUUUCAUUACCCUGGCUGGCUAGCUACGGAAUCUGUCAGUUUUCUCACUAUAUCCUCACUUCUUCUUAUCGCUGGCAACGAUAUGUACAUCAUACCUAGCAAUCCGAAAACGACUUAAAGGCAGUGACCCCACAAUCGGUACAAAACAUCAUCGAACAAUGGUUGAGCAAAACACAAGGAAACUUUCCAAAACUUUGUUCCUUAUGACAAGAGCAUCUGCUGCAUUUUGGGUUCAAGCCUUGUUUUAUUCUCGUACCUAACGUUCGCUUUAGAAUUUUUUUCUGAAUUUAUAAAAUAUUCGUUCACCAUAAUUCGUCUGUGCAAAUCCACUGAUUUACAGUUUAGAAAUGCAAAUAUUCAUUCAAAGUCUUAGACGAUUUCAUUGUAAAAAUUCGAAAACAGCCGAAAAAUACGCAGUUAAUUAACGAUGGAACCUUCAAAAACACUGCAAAGAAAGAUUUUACCUUUUAAUUUUCCUUUAUUUUGCUUGUAUAACGAGAAAUAGUUUUAUACGGCACUGAAAGGUACAGACAUACUUAAUAAUCAUUCCUGAAAACCAGUGCCUGACGGAAAAAAAGUGACAAAGAAAGUAGAGACUUACUCUUCUCUAUAACAAGAUAGAUGUUAUUAAUGACAUAAACGUAAUUAAAGUUUUUAAUAGCUGAGUUUAAAGUUUGAAUAGAUGUACUUUUAAUGGAGUCCUUUGUCCCUGAUCCUUAUAAACACGGUUGCUAGUUAAUCAGUACCCUGCAUGUGUGCUUUUUGUCAUUCUUAAUUAAAACCUAAGACAAUGUACUGUGUUUGGUUCCGGUUUAUAGCAUUGCUAAAUUAAUAAUUCAUCUCAUCAUAAUUUAUUUCGCUUUUGACCUAUGACAGGUAUUACUGGAUGUCAGCCUUGGCAGUCCUUAUGCUUAAUAUUUCUUUAAUAUUAAGGGGAUCACUAUGGCCAAUCGGUGGUGCUGUCAAAACAAAGGCAAACCUACAACACCACACCUUUUAUAAAGGUUGACUCAGCUAUCCCAAGUGAACAACACGUCAGCAAAUUCAAGCUGCUCUGAAGAUUCUAGCCGUUUUCAAUACAUCCAAAACACCCUAAACAUUAUCUUUGUUAUGUCUGAUACGAUUACCAUAGCGAUUUUAAGUCUCACUCUUGUCUUAUCUGUCUUCAUAUUUACUGCAAAUGCUUUCACCGUAUUUGUUUUCUGGAUUCAUCGCCACAAACUAAAGCGAACGUUCCUCAUCGUUUUCAACUUGACUGUCGCUGACCUUCUUGUCGGUCUUGCAGAAACUGCUUUUGUCGGAUUCAAGAUGAAUGACAGAAAGCCCUAUGUAAAAAUUUUUAAGUCCUUUCUAGUUAUAGUUUCGGGUGCAUCGGUAUUUUUCUCGUGCUUAUUUCACUGGAACGAUCCUUCGCUUUGA